UGAUAAUAUGCCAUAUAUAAUCGGGAUCCGUGUUAAUUGCGGACAGUUGUCAAUAUAUUUUUGUUAUCAACAAUACGUGAAUUAAAGGAUAGUGAUUGAAUUAAAUAUGAAAGUUGCAGCCCUUUUGGUCUGCGUAAUAUCUUUAGUCGGCGGGGCAGAAAUAAAACUAAAUGAAAAUGGAUGUCCGAUAGACUACACAAUUGAAAAAUUAUACAGACAUGCGGAAUGCAAUAAGUAUUAUCAGUGUUACCAAGGUGAUCUAGAAGCACGAAUAUGUCCGAGCGGUCUUUUAUUUAAUGCGAAUAAAAAUGUUUGCGAUUGGCCUGCAAAUGUCAAUUGCGAAAUGGAAGCAGAACAGGACCUAUUAAAAUCAACAAUUUUAAGGGCAAAUUGUAAAUGCAAACCAAAAGACGCACGUGCUAUAUGCGCACGAAAAGGUUCUGAUGGCUUACUUAUUGCCCAUGAACAUUGCGAUAAGUUCUAUAAAUGCUCUCACGGCAAGAACGUUUCCAUGAAUUGCCCGGAAGGUUUGUUAUAUAAUCCUUAUGAGAGCUUAUGCGAUUAUCCCAGCAAUGUUAAGUGUGGUGACCGAGUCAUUCCAAGCCCAGAUGAAAAUAAGCCAGGCGAUGAAAACGAUAACAGCGAUAACAACAACGGUAAUGAGGAUAAUAACGGAGGGGACAACAAUGGUCCUUGUAAUUGUGUUCCAGACGAAGCGCCUGCUAUUUGCGGUAAAGCUGGAUCCGAUGGAAUACUCAUCGCACAUGAACAUUGUGAUAAGUUUUACAAAUGCUCUCACGGCAAGAACGUUUCCAUGAGCUGUCCUUCAGGUUUGUUAUACAAUCCUUACAAAGGAUGGUGCGACUAUCCAAGCAACGUUAAGUGUGGUGAUCGAGUCAUUCCAAGCCCAGAUGAAAAUAAGCCAGGCGAUGAAAACGAUAAUAGUGAUAACAACAACGGUAAUGAGGAUAACAACGGAGGGGACAACAAUGGUCCUUGUAAUUGUGUUCCAGACGAAGCGCCUGCUAUUUGCGGUAAAGCUGGAUCCGAUGGAAUACUCAUCGCACAUGAACAUUGUGAUAAGUUUUACAAAUGCUCUCACGGCAAGAACGUUUCCAUGAGCUGUCCUUCAGGUUUGUUAUACAAUCCUUACAAAGGAUGGUGCGACUAUCCAAGCAAUGUUAAGUGUGGAGAUCGAGUCAUUCCAAAUCCAAAAGAAGACAAACCAGAUAGCGAAGAUGGAGACUGUAAUGACGACAAUGGCAAUGACGAUAAUAACGGAGGGGACAACAAUGGCCCUUGUAAUUGUGUUCCAGACGAAGCGCCUGCUAUUUGCGGUAAAGCUGGAUCCGAUGGAAUACUCAUCGCACAUGAACAUUGUGAUAAGUUUUACAAAUGCUCUCACGGCAAGAACGUUUCCAUGAGCUGUCCUUCAGGUUUGUUAUACAAUCCUUACAAAGGAUGGUGCGACUAUCCAAGCAACGUUAAGUGUGGUGAUCGAGUCAUUCCAAGCCCAGAUGAAAAUAAGCCAGGCGAUGAAAACGAUAAUAGUGAUAACAACAACGGUAAUGAGGAUAACAACGGAGGGAACAACAAUGGUCCUUGUAAUUGUGUUCCAGACGAAGCGCCUGCUAUUUGCGGUAAAGCUGGAUCCGAUGGAAUACUCAUCGCACAUGAACAUUGUGAUAAGUUUUACAAAUGCUCUCACGGCAAGAACGUUUCCAUGAGCUGUCCUUCAGGUUUGUUAUACAAUCCUUACAAAGGAUGGUGCGACUAUCCAAGCAAUGUUAAGUGUGGAGAUCGAGUCAUUCCAAAUCCAAAAGAAGACAAACCAGAUAGCGAAGAUGGAGACUGUAAUGACGACAAUGGCAAUGACGAUAAUAACGGAGGGGACAACAAUGGCCCUUGUAAUUGUGUUCCAGACGAAGCGCCUGCUAUUUGCGGUAAAGCUGGAUCCGAUGGAAUACUCAUCGCACAUGAACAUUGUGAUAAGUUUUACAAAUGCUCUCACGGCAAGAACGUUUCCAUGAGCUGUCCUUCAGGUUUGUUAUACAAUCCUUACAAAGGAUGGUGCGACUAUCCCAGCAACGUUGAGUGUGGUGACCGAGUUAUUCCAAACCCAGAAGAAGACAAGCCAGAUAAAGAAGAUGGAGACUGUGAUGAUAACAAUGGCAAUGACGAUAACAACGGAGGUGACGACAAUGGACCUUGCAACUGUGAUCCGGAUAAAGCUCCUGCCAUUUGUGGCCAACCUGGAUCUAAUGGGAUUCUUAUCGCACAUGAACAUUGUAACAAAUUCUACCAAUGCUCCCACGGCAAGAACGUAACCAUGAACUGUCCGGCUGGUUUGUUGUACAAUCCUUACAAAAAAUUGUGCGACUAUCCAAGCAAAGUUAAGUGUGGUGAUCGAGUUAUUCCAGACCCAGAAGAAGACAAGCCAGAUAACGAAGAUGGUGACUGUGAUGAUGACAAUGGCAAUGACGAUAACAACGGAGGUGACGACAAUGGACCUUGCAACUGUGAUCCGGAUAAAGCUCCUGCCAUUUGUGGCCAACCUGGAUCUAAUGGGAUUCUUAUCGCACAUGAACAUUGUAACAAAUUCUACCAAUGCUCCAACGGCAAGAACGUAACCAUGAACUGUCCGGCUGGUUUGUUAUACAAUCCUUACAAAAAAUUGUGCGACUAUCCAAGCAAAGUUAAGUGUGGUGAUCGAGUUAUUCCAGACCCAGAAGAAGACAAGCCAGAUAACGAAGAUGGUGACUGUGAUGAUGACAAUGGCAAUGACGAUAACAACGGAGGUGACGACAAUGGACCUUGCAACUGUGAUCCGGAUAAAGCUCCUGCCAUUUGUGGCCAACCUGGAUCUAAUGGGAUUCUUAUCGCACAUGAACAUUGUAACAAAUUCUACCAAUGCUCCAACGGCAAGAACGUAACCAUGAACUGUCCGGCUGGUUUGUUAUACAAUCCUUACAAAAAAUUGUGCGACUAUCCAAGCAAAGUUAAGUGUGGUGAUCGAGUUAUUCCAGACCCAGAAGAAGACAAGCCAGAUAACGAAGAUGGAGACUGUGAUGAUGACAAUGGCAAUGACGAUAACAACGGAGGUGACGACAAUGGACCUUGCAACUGUGAUCCGGAUAAAGCACCUGCCAUUUGUGGUCAACCUGGAUCUGAUGGGAUUCUUGUAGCACAUGAACAUUGUGACAAGUUCUACAAAUGCUCUAACGGCAAAAACGUUUCCAUGAAUUGCCCGGCAGGUUUGUUAUACAAUCCUUACAAAGGAUGGUGCGACUAUCCCAGCAACGUUGAGUGUGGUGACCGAGUUAUUCCAAACCCAGAAGAAGACAAGCCAGAUAACGAAGAUGGUGACUGUGAUGAUGACAAUGGCAAUGACGAUAACAACGGAGGUGACGACAAUGGACCUUGCAACUGUGAUCCGGAUAAAGCUCCUGCCAUUUGUGGCCAACCUGGAUCUAAUGGGAUUCUUAUCGCACAUGAACAUUGUAACAAAUUCUACCAAUGCUCCAACGGCAAGAACGUAACCAUGAACUGUCCGGCUGGUUUGUUAUACAAUCCUUACAAAAAAUUGUGCGACUAUCCAAGCAAAGUUAAGUGUGGUGAUCGAGUUAUUCCAGACCCAGAAGAAGACAAGCCAGAUAACGAAGAUGGAGACUGUGAUGAUGACAAUGGCAAUGACGAUAACAACGGAGGUGACGACAAUGGACCUUGCAACUGUGAUCCGGAUAAAGCACCUGCCAUUUGUGGUCAACCUGGAUCUGAUGGGAUUCUUGUAGCACAUGAACAUUGUGACAAGUUCUACAAAUGCUCUAACGGCAAAAACGUUUCCAUGAAUUGCCCGGCAGGUUUGUUAUACAAUCCUUACAAAGGAUGGUGCGACUAUCCCAGCAACGUUGAGUGUGGUGACCGAGUUAUUCCAAACCCAGAAGAAGACAAGCCAGAUAACGAAGAUGGAGACUGUGAUGAUGACAAUGGCAAUGACGAUAACAACGGAGGUGACGACAAUGGACCUUGCAACUGUGAUCCGGAUAAAGCUCCUGCCAUUUGUGGUCAACCUGGAUCUGAUGGGAUUCUUGUAGCACAUGAACAUUGUAACAAGUUCUACAAAUGCUCUAACGGCAAAAACGUUUCCAUGAAUUGCCCGGCAGGUUUGUUAUACAAUCCUUACAAAGGAUGGUGCGACUAUCCCAGCAACGUUGAGUGUGGUGACCGAGUUAUUCCAAACCCAGAAGAAGACAAGCCAGAUAACGAAGAUGGAGACUGUGAUGAUGACAAUGGCAAUGACGAUAACAACGGAGGUGACGACAAUGGACCUUGCAACUGUGAUCCGGAUAAAGCUCCUGCCAUUUGUGGCCAACCUGGAUCUGAUGGGAUUCUUAUCGCACAUGAACAUUGUGACAAGUUCUACAAAUGCUCUAACGGCAAAAACGUUUCCAUGAAUUGCCCGGCAGGUUUGUUAUACAAUCCUUACAAAGGAUGGUGCGACUAUUCCAGCAACGUUGAGUGUGGUGACCGAGUUAUUCCAAACCCAGAAGAAGACAAGCCAGAUAACGAAGAUGGAGACUGUGAUGAUGACAAUGGCAAUGACGAUAACAACGGAGGUGACGACAAUGGACCUUGCAACUGUGAUCCGGAUAAAGCACCUGCCAUUUGUGGUCAACCUGGAUCUGAUGGGAUUCUUGUAGCACAUGAACAUUGUGACAAGUUCUACAAAUGCUCUAACGGCAAAAACAUUUCCAUGAAUUGCCCGGCAGGUUUGUUAUACAAUCCUUACAAAGGAUGGUGCGACUAUCCCAGCAACGUUGAGUGUGGUGACCGAGUUAUUCCAAACCCAGAAGAAGACAAGCCAGAUAACGAAGAUGGAGACUGUGAUGAUGACAAUGGCAAUGACGAUAACAACGGAGGUGACGAUAAUGGACCUUGCAACUGUGAUCCGGAUAAAGCUCCUGCCAUUUGUGGCCAACCUGGAUCUAAUGGGAUUCUUAUCGCACAUGAACAUUGUAACAAAUUCUACCAAUGCUCCAACGGCAAGAACGUAACCAUGAACUGUCCGGCUGGUUUGUUAUACAAUCCUUACAAAAAAAUGUGCGACUAUCCAAGCAAAGUUAAGUGUGGUGAUCGAGUUAUUCCAGACCCAGAAGAAGACAAGCCAGAUAACGAAGAUGGAGACUGUGAUGAUGACAAUGGCAAUGACGAUAACAACGGAGGUGACGACAAUGGACCUUGCAACUGUGAUCCGGAUAAAGCUCCUGCCAUUUGUGGCCAACCUGGAUCUAAUGGGAUUCUUAUCGCACAUGAACAUUGUAACAAAUUCUACCAAUGCUCCAACGGCAAGAACGUAACCAUGAACUGUCCGGCUGGUUUGUUAUACAAUCCUUACAAAAAAAUGUGCGACUAUCCAAGCAAAGUUAAGUGUGGUGAUCGAGUUAUUCCAGACCCAGAAGAAGACAAGCCAGAUAACGAAGAUGGAGACUGUGAUGAUGACAAUGGCAAUGACGAUAACAACGGAGGUGACGACAAUGGACCUUGCAACUGUGAUCCGGAUAAAGCUCCUGCCAUUUGUGGCCAACCUGGAUCUAAUGGGAUUCUUAUCGCACAUGAACAUUGUAACAAAUUCUACCAAUGCUCCAACGGCAAGAACGUAACCAUGAACUGUCCGGCUGGUUUGUUAUACAAUCCUUACAAAAAAAUGUGCGACUAUCCAAGCAAAGUUAAGUGUGGUGAUCGAGUUAUUCCAGACCCAGAAGAAGACAAGCCAGAUAACGAAGAUGGAGACUGUGAUGAUGACAAUGGCAAUGACGAUAACAACGGAGGUGACGACAAUGGACCUUGCAACUGUGAUCCGGAUAAAGCACCUGCCAUUUGUGGUCAACCUGGAUCUGAUGGGAUUCUUGUAGCACAUGAACAUUGUGACAAGUUCUACAAAUGCUUUAACGGCAAAAACGUUUCCAUGAAUUGCCCGGCAGGUUUGUUAUACAAUCCUUACAAAGGAUGGUGCGACUAUCCCAGCAACGUUGAGUGUGGUGACCGGGUUAUUCCAAAACCAGAAGAAGACAAGCCAGAUAAUGAGGAUGGAGAUUGUGAAGACGACAAUAACGGAGGUGACAAUGAUGGACCCUGUAAUUGUAUUCCAGAUGAAGCUCCCAUUAUUUGUGCUAGACAAGGUUCCCAUGGAAUACUUAUAGCACACAAACAUUGUAAUAAGUUCUACGUAUGUGUCAACGGCAGAAAUGUAACUAUGAAUUGUCCUGCUGGAUUAUUCUAUAAUCCCUAUAAAGAGGUGUGUGAUUUUCCUAACAAUGUUAAGUGUGGAGACCGUAUCAUUGUGGACCCUGAAGAUGAAAAGCCAGAGGAAGAGGAAGAUAACGGAAAUGAUGAUAACAAUGGAGAAGAUGGGAAUGGACCUUGCAAUUGUAAUCCAGGUGAAGCACCCGCUAUUUGCGCUAGAGCCGGAUCCGAUGGAGUAUUUAUUGCACAUGAACAUUGCAACAAGUUCUAUCAAUGCGCUCAUGGUAGAAACGUGACCAUAAGUUGCCCGGCAGGAUUGUUAUAUAAUCCUUAUAAGAAGAGGUGUGAUUACCCGGAUAAUGUUAAGUGUAAUGACCGAAUUAUUCCAGAUCCAGAAGAACCAGAUAACGAAAACGAAGAUGAUAACAAUGGAGGUGAUAAUGAUGGAUCUUGUAAUUGUGUUCCAGAGGAAGCGCCUGAAAUAUGCGCAAAGAUUGGGUCUGAUGGAACACUUAUUGCACAUCAAUAUUGUGACAAAUAUUACGCCUGUAUGCACGGCAGGAAUGUGACAAUGCGUUGUCCUGCAGGUUUAUUAUAUAAUCCGUACAGACAAUGGUGCGAUUACCCGAAUAAUGUAAAGUGUGGCGACCGCAUAAACCCAGAACAAGACAGGGAUACUUGCAAUUGCAGUCUAUCUUAUGCUUUAACGACUUGCGAAAAUGAAAACACAAAUGGAAAAAUCAUUGCUCAUGAAAUAUGUGAUCGGUUUUAUUCUUGCUCUAAUAAGGAGCCGGUUGAGUUAUUAUGUCCUGAGGGACUACUUUUUGAUGCAAAGAAACAAAUUUGUGACUGGCCAAGCAAUGUUGACUGUGGAGAAAGGAUUCAAUGAUUUUAACUGGCUAUUGACAUAAAAGAAGUAAUAUUAUUUAUAUCCAGUCAUUAUAUUUAUUAAACAUAAAUUAUUUAUUAGAAUCUAUUUUUAAUAUAUCUAUUAUAUAUUAUCUUUGCUUAUUUUUUUUACGUUAACAUAUUAUUUUAUUAACAAUUAUUCAUUUAAAUAAAAAUGUUACUAAAUACUAAAUUUUGAUCAUCGUUUACAAAAUUUGCUUAUAUUAUUUUAUAAGAUUUUUGAAAUAAAUAAUUCGAACUCA